CUGUAAAUAGGAAAAAUGGAGUUUGUUGUUUGUAGAGAUAUUGUGUUUGAUGGUUUGAUAUGAAAUCUUGCGACGUGUGUUGACGUAUGGCUAAUGCAGAACAGAAUUAUGGCAGGAGAUAUUUUGUGUCUGCUAGUCAUUCAUUUAGCGCUGCUUGUAGCCGAAGCUCGCUAUUUUCUCCGAGAUGAUGUCAAGGUGUUCUACUCCUGGAGUGAUGCAUCAUAUGACCUCCUCACAGAUCGAGGAUUUGGCUUCAUAAGAGGAGGGGUGAUCAACUUCCAGCUACGCUGUCCUGAACCUGAGCCAAGUGCACCACCUGACCUAUGGCUACUGUUGUGCAGUAUGUCUGGUGGCAGAAAGUUCACGCGCAUCCCACUCACGCAGCUGAACUACCGCUGCCACCAGCUAUCGGGCGGGAUGAGCGAGAAGGACGUGUCAAUGUCGGACACGUUCUGCCAGCGCGUCACUGUGGCGCCCAACUCUUCCGGCACCUACCACGUGCAGCACCGUGUGAGCAACACCGACUUCUAUCGCUUCGUGUUGCUGCAGUGUCCCAACUCGAAGGGUCCAGUCGUGACGAACCUAUCUGAGACGAUCGACCUACAGGUCACGUGCAGCAGUGCACUGAUGACAGUGAAUCCGGGGAAUGAGCAGCUGAGCAGCGAUGAGAUACCGAUGAUAUACAUCUACGAUGCUCUCCUGUUCAUCUGGAUCAUACUCAUCAUGGCCUGGCUUGGCAACUUCUUUCUUUUCAGACGGUACUCGAACAAGCUGCACAAGCUGCUAACGUUUGCUCCCAUACUGAAGCUUCUACUGGUCUCCAUCAUACUCUCCCGCUGGCGCAGUAUCUCAGAUGAAGGUUUAGAGUUUGACUCGAUGGACAAUGUUUGCCAUUUCUUCCGGAGCCUUGAGGAUGCUCUUAUGUUCACAAUAAUGCUAAUAGUUGCACGUGGAUGGGGGUUACUCCACUGUACAAUGAACAACCUGCAAUGGGGCUCAUUCAUAUUUUUCUUCCUCGUAUUCGCCGUCUCAUUGAUGUGCAUUAGAUGGGUGCAUAACUACUUUUUGGCAUUCUCCAUCUGCUGCGUUGUCUUUCUCACCUACAAGACACUCAAAUGCUGCUCGCUGAACAUCGAGUACAUCCAGCGGCGGCGCCGCAAGUUCCGCCACUUCGUCAACCGCUGCAACCUGCACUACCGCACGAAGACGACCGUCGACGACCAGCUGCUCCACAAGGUGGCGCUGUUCACGCGCUUCCGCUUCGUCUGCGCGGCGUUCUCGCUCGUCUUCUCGCUCGUCGUCACGCUGGCGAUGUUCCUCAGCGAGUACGCGUACGUGCAGGCACUCACCUACGAGGUGCCGAAACUCAUGGCCUACGUCGCGAUCGGUGUCAUCUUCCGGCUGCGCAACUUCGGGCCGUUCGAACACAUCGAGGUGGCACCACCCAAGGAGAGCGUCAUCGUGUUCCUGCUGCCAGAGGUCGCGCUGGGUCAGCUGCGACCCGAGGUCAUCCUGGGGGUUCCGGAACACGACGGGGACGGGGACCUCGAUUGCUAUCUGAUGAAGAGCCAGAAGGGGUAGCGAACUCGUGCGUGUGAAGAUCGGAACAUGCGUGAUCGUUUGGAACUCGGGGUCGAGGUUCGUUCGGAACACGUGCGAUGUGCGUCGGGAACACAUCGAGGUGAUGAGGUACGGAGCACCUGUGUUGUUCGCAACACACGUUCUGUCUGUCGGUAGCAUGUUUCGAAACAUGGGCGACGUUUGGAAUGUGCGUGUUGUAUGUGCAGAACACACGUGAUGUACGUUCGGAACCUGCGGCGCAUUUAGGACUCGCACGACGUAAAUCGUAACGCAUGCGACGCACGUUCGGAACUUCUUCUCAUUCGUGCUUUCUGUACGUUCUGAACAACGUGAACCUCUAGAAGACCCGACCGGGUCUGAGGAGGUUCUGUGAACGACAAAAUGUGAACGUUCUGUGAACAAUACACGAACCUGGUGGGAUCGACGAGGGUGAGUGUGGCGAUGCAGGUGUUCUGGGACCGGAUACGUCCUGCAUGUCCCAUGGGGUUGGAGGGGUAAAAGGCAGCUGUGAUGACGACAACGUGUGAGGUUAAAUGUUCUCAGGGAGCAAGGUGUGUGCCGUCCGCCACCAGCAAGAGUGACGUGAGCGCGGACAGUGGAGACAACCGCGCUGCCAGGAUGCUCCAUUCUUACUCGAUUUGCUUUUAGGUCCCAUAUAGUUCCAGUCAGAAUAUUGGUGGAAAUCUCCAUCUGGAAAAUGGGUGGAAGUAUCUACCUGGAAAGUGGUGAAAAUCUCCUUGCGCAAAAGGAUGGAAAAUAGCCACCUAGAAAUUGGUGUAACUCUCCAGCGGGAGAAUAGGGGUAAUUUUUUUUCGGAAAAUGGUAGAAAUCUCUUUACGGAAAAAAAUGGAAAUCACCACCAAGAAAACUGUGUAAUUCUCCGCCUGGAAAAUCGAUAGAAAAAUGGAAAUGGAUGGAACUCUCCACUCAGAAUAUGUUGAAAUCUUUAGUCAAAAAAUCUACGGUGGGAAUCACCUUCUGGGAAAAUCUUCUGUUGUGCCCUCUUGCUUCACGAUAGAGCCAUACCCUUUCUCUUUCAUGAACAUGCUUACGGUAAAUGUAACUUGGACAAGGUAGGAUGAGAGUAAUCUAAUAUCCUAUAUUUCGUUAAGAAAUAAGGCCAGUAUUCUCGUUUUAUCUCGACUAGAUCCUUACCUUAAGAUAUAGUUAACAUAGUCCUAAUUGCAUGAAUUCUAUUAUGCUAAAGUUUCUGUGAUGUAAGCUUCAACGGUGUUUUGUCUGUGUAAGUUGUGCGCUAUGUAUAAGGUAGGCUUGCCUGCAAUCUACCUAGUUUACAACACUUUACAAACGAACUUUACCAACACCUAGUUACAGCACACAGCUGUUAGCAGACUAAGAUGUUGUAAGAAAAUGAAAAAGGGAAGUAGUGGCAUGUGUUGCAAGAAGAUAGCUUGAGCAAGGGAGGGGGAGAGGAAGGGGAGAUCAUUUAGCAAACGGUGUUUGUUGUAAUUGGAUAAAUUCUCAUGAUUUUGUUUUCGCUAUAAAUAUGUACAUAAACAUCUGGAAGGGAUGUAAAGUAAUAUUAGAUUCUAAUAUCUAUAUGAAUCAGUGCUAUUUAACAUCGGACUGGGGUUUAGAGCACAUUUAAAAACGUUCAUUGAUAUCUAUGCUUGUAUAUAUAAAGUUUGCAAUUUCGAUAGAUGUCUCAACAAACAACAAAAAGUUCUACUAGUAACUGCGAUAAACAUGAUGUCCACUAUAUAUAUAUAUAUAUAAUGGUAGUUUUCAUAAAAAUGUAAAUUUCUACCUCUGUUUAGAUUCAGCCAAGCAUUUUUAGACAACUAAAGGUGGGUAGCUUUAGAAGGACCUUUGCUUGAGGUGAGAAUGAAUCUCAUGAUUCUCAUUCAUCAGAAUGAAUGAAAUAAUCUAAGCCUUUUCCAUUCUUUAACUCUCCUAUACUUUGAUCUCUAUAAAAAAAAAAAUAUAUCUUUAUCAUAAUGAAAUGUACCAAUAUUGACCAAGUAGUUCUGUACAAAGGAAAUUCCGUGUUUGUGCUAAGGAAUUGGAAUGUCGAAAAUUUUGGGGCUCUGGGAGAUAUUAACCAUUCAUGCACAUGGCACACUCGUAUAUGAAUACUUUUAAUUUAUUUAGUGUACAUCUUUAUUUAGGAAAUUUGCGUUUAUAGUCCUCUAACGAAAAUUGGGACAUUUUCAGUGUGCAGAUCCAAACGCAUCAUCUCAAACAUACCAUUAUUUAAAUAAUUUAUUAUAUUUUUAUUGUUUAACCAUUUCCAGAAUUAGUGUAUAGUAAAGUACACUGAACUAGCAGUUAGGUAACACUUUUGUAAUUAGACAACGUAUCUUUAUUUAACUGUUCACUGAUGUUUUGUUCUUCCGAAAAAUAUUUAAUGUGAAUUUUUUUUCUGAAUUAUUGUGAUGGAGCAAUUUACUAGAAAUUCGGUGCCAUAAUAUUAUGCACCAUAUACGUUAUUAUGCGUCAUAAUGCGUCAUACUUGUAUACGAGCGCGAAAUAGUUGCAUGUGUAAUAUUGAAAAUAGGUAAGAAAAUAUUUAUGAUCUCUUAUCUAUUUUUGAUCAUUCUGAAAAGGGUGUGAGCACAACUGGGUUAUAACAAGUCUUUGUUAUCACAUACAAGCAAAGAUCAUGUACAACGAUCAUGUACAUGUACAAUUGUACAUGAUCUUUGAUAUAAGUAAGGUGUGCACUGCAAUAAAUAAUAGUAAAGAUGGCGAGAGGGAAACAGAGAGAGAGAGAGAGAGAGAGAGAGAGAGAGAGA